CCAAACUCCACACCACAGCUCCCCAUUUCUCUAAUCUCUCAAGCUCAAGCUCAUCUCUCUCUCUCUCUCUCUCUCUCUCUCUCUCUCGGCUUCGCAUAGUCUAGAACUGGCUAACACUCGACCGCCAGCUCUGGAGGAGCGUGAGCUCGCGAACCGGACGGUGGUCCACACCCUGUACGAGGCCCUUCGACGCCGCGACUGCGACGCCGUCCACCGCAUCCUCGCCCCCGACCUCGAGUGGUGGUUCCACGGCCCCCCUUCCCACCAGUUCUUGAUGCGCCUCCUCACCGGCGCCGCCGAGCCGGACGACACCUUCCUCUUCGUCCCCGUCUCCGUCACCUCCUUCGGCCCCACCGUGCUCGCCGAGGGCUCCGACCCCGCCCGCUCCAUCUUCUGGGUCCACGCCUGGACGGUCUCCGCCGAUGGGAUAGUCACCCAGGUGAGGGAGUACUUCAACACCUCGCUCACCGUCACCCGCUUCGGCGACUCCCCGCCGUCUGACCCCUCGACGGCCGAGAUCGCGCCGCUGCACUGCCAGUCCCUGUGGGAGAGCAGCGUGAGCCGGGCCGGAAAGUCCGUGCCGGGUCUUGUUCUCGCCAUAUAACCAUCAUCGCUUGCCGUAUAUCUGGAAUAAAAGGUCCCAUCGCGCGGCAGUUGGUGACCGCCUCCUGCUGAAUGGGCUAAAAGUCUUACCUAGGACUACGAGGAUGUGAGUCCUGGUCCUGAGGUCGUGUAAAGGUUUCCUGUUUUCGACUUGUGUCGGUUACGGUUUGUGUCGUCUAGGGUUUGUAAAAAGGUGGAAUGAUGAUGGGUCGACCCAUUUGGAAUCGGUCCCGUCUUGUUGAUGUGCCUGUAUUGUGGGGUUGCUCCUGCUCUUUUGCAAUAAUAAGAGUGUGUUCCUGUGCGUUCGAUUGUC